AUGGAACAAAAACAACCUCUGAUAAUCAGAGACAAAAAUCAGAUGAGAAAUUGGUCAAGAUCAAUGAGAUCUCAAUCUAAACUCAUUGCUUUCGUUCCCACCAUGGGUUACCUUCACCAAGGGCAUCUUUCUCUCAUCACCGAAGCUCACAAACACGCCAAUGUUGUUGUAGUAUCAAUCUACGUCAACCCGGGUCAGUUUUCACCUAACGAAGAUCUUUCCACUUAUCCUUCUGAUUUUGAAGGUGAUGUUCAGAAGCUUUUGUCUGUUUCUGGUGGUGUUGAGGUUGUUUUUAAUCCAAAGAAUUUGUAUGAUUACGGGGAGAGUGAUGGUGGUGAUGGUGGUGAUGGUGGUGGUGGUGGUGGUGAGGUGGUGUCUUGUGUUGAGAAGAGUGGUUUGGGACAUGAGAGUUGGGUUAGAGUUGAGAAACUUGAAAAGGGUCUUUGUGGGAAGAGUAGACCUGUUUUCUUUAGAGGUGUUGCUACUAUUGUUGCUAAGUUAUUUAAUAUUGUUGAGCCUGAUGUUGCUGUCUUUGGGAAAAAAGAUUAUCAGCAAUGGAAAAUUAUUCAGAGAAUGGUUCGCGAUCUUGAUUUUUCCAUAAAAGUGAUAGGUUGUGAAAUAACAAGGGAAAAUGAUGGUCUAGCAAUGAGUUCACGCAAUGUACAUCUUUCAUCUGAAGAGAGGGAAAAGGCACUAUCUAUAAACAAAUCAUUAUCAAAAGCCAAGUCAGCCGCAGAAGACGGUCAGAUACAAUGUGAGAAAUUGAGGAACUUAGUCAUCCAAUGCAUUACUGACGCCGGGGGAAGAAUCGACUAUGCUGAGAUUGUUGAUCAACAGAGUCUAGAGAAAGUGGAGUUGAUCAAAAGUCCUGUUGUGUUCUGUGUUGCUGCAUUGUUUGGGAAGGUUGUCAUCUCUGUGCUCAUGAAAUUAGUCGGUGGAUGCCCAUCUUUGGCUGAUCAACUAAAUGUUGAUGCAUUCCUGUAG